GACGCGUUCCGAGGCUUCAUUGUGCAAAACCAAUGCCUGCAAAACAGGCUAAACUACCACAAGUUUCACAAAUAUACUUUUGUUGAAGGAAGCAUGUCGCAAGCUACAAUACCAUUUAUUUGCUGACGAGAACGUGUAGAUCUGCGAAUCUACGUCGACAAGCCAUUUUGUCCGUAAUCAGAACGGCGUUAGCGGCGGCGACGAUGGCGUACAGUUCCGCUAUGGCGACUAGCAACUGUUCGGAACAGUCGAUGCAAACGCGUAAGCAAGCCGUUCGAUUACGAGUUACUGUGAGGCCACACGCUGAUAUGCUGCCGUGAAAAACUUUCUACGUUCCUCGUCGUCGUAUGCGGCAUCGAAGUUACCAUCUCUGAACGGCACACUCCAUGAUCGAGACGCCAGCAGUUCUUCCGAAGACGCCGACGUUCUUGUAGGGCGCUGGCGGCCGCUUCACCUGGGAAGCCGGGCCGUUUGUGAUCGGGCAUCAGCUGUUUCCUGCGGUUUGCUAACCGCUACUCGUGGCUGAGGAUCGCCUCCGCCUGCUGGCAAAUGUGAACGCAUCAUGUUGUGCCCGUCGGAGCCGGCAGCGGAGAACGGCAUCUCCGUGUGCGUCGCGGCUCCCUCAGCUGCGCCCGCCCCAGUAGUGGUACAAGAUUUCAACGGUGGUCCUGACGGUGGCGUGAAACCAGAAAACACCGGACCGAAUGGAACAGUCGCAAGCGGCAACGGGAGCGGCUGUUGUACUCCCGUCGUCCCCACCACCACUGCGGCCAACUCCGCUUCUGUCGACGCUGACGGAGGCGGCGAUCCCAAGCUAAAGGGGCUGUGCGUCACACAACGCGGCGCCGAGCUCACGGCCGACUCGUACUCGAGUACGGACUCGGGAGGCACGGCGGUGGUAGCACCGCGCUACUGUAACGAUCCUUACUGCCAGCUGAAGGAAGAUGCGACGUCGGUGGUGGUUGCCGUGGUGCCUACACAGGCGGACGGCGUCGUCAGGUCGUGGAAGUGCGAGGUCUGUUGCAAGCAGUUCGCGCAAAAGCACCACCUGCAGACACACUUGCUCUGCCACUCUGGCGUGAAGAGGUUCGAGUGCCAAGUGUGCCACAAAGCAUUCAAGCAGCAGGCACACCUGAACACGCACCUUCUCAUCCACGAAGGUCGGCGACCGCAUCGGUGCCCGCACUGUGACCACAGCUUCCUGCAGGUGACCCACCUGAAGAGACACCUGGUGACUCAUGGUGGCAGCUGCCUGCCUUGCGCUAUCUGUGGCCGGCGCUUUGCAUUUCCGAGUGACCUCUCCGCGCAUGUUGCCAAGCAUCACCCCCCGCCCUUGCUGCGCACAAGCACAGGUGCUCCUGCCCCGCCGGCACACAGACUCCAGUGCGAAGUGUGCGAGCGGCUAUUCCAGUAUCCCAGUCAGCUGCGGGACCACAUGUUGGUGCACACGCAGGUGCGCCGUUUUGCAUGCCCGGACUGUGGCAUGCGCUUUAUGAAGGAGCACCACCUCCGCAAUCACCUUGUCACCCACAGCCCCGUGAAACCGUUCCCCUGCCCUGUCUGUGGGAGGGCCUUUUCCCUCAAGGCCAACAUGGAGAGGCACGUCCUCAUACACGAGGCCCAGCGCAGGUUUGGCUGCGAACGCUGUGGCAAGCGUUUCUCGCAGCCCCAGACGCUGAAGAUGCAUCUAGUGUCACACGCUGAUGUGAAGCCAUACUCAUGCAGUGUCUGUGGCAAGGGCCUGGCAAGGGCGCACAACCUGCGCGCCCACAUGGCCAUCCAUCAGACAAGUAAGCCCCACCGUUGUCCCGACUGCAGUAGCACGUUUACGCUGCGUGGCAACCUAGUGCGGCACCUCAAGGAGAAGCAUGGUCCAGCCAUUAUCCCUGCUGGAUCCGUGGAGGUAGUGAUUGAACCGCAAAGCCCCAACCGCAGUGUGGCCAAACGCAGAAAGAACACACCAAAGCGGCUCAAAAAGUGUGGCGAAGGUUCCGGUGAAGAGGACGGGGACAACGAGGAGGACGGAGAAGAGGAGGAUGGUGAGACAGAGGGAGAACAAGCGGAGGCAGACGAAGUGGAGGUAGGCAGGGACCGGUUCCAGGACCUCUCGGGGCACAAGUAUCAGGGGUUGCCAGGGUCACCAGAAACUGCACGCACUGUUGAAGUCCUUCAGGCCACCGUCUACUACCCUGCCCCCAUUGUGACACAAGAGGUGCCAUCAUCUGAACACAAGCCGUUCUCACUACAUGCGCUCCAGCCAGCUCCAGUGUUUGCAUCACCUGGCAGCUUCUAUGGGGAACUCCCAACAGCAACACCUGCCGCAGUUGGUUCUGAGGAAGUCGGUGCUCGAUUGCAGGCAUUGCAUGCGGCCAUUGAUGACCUGGCGGGCAAGUUGGGUCCUGAUCACGACAAAGUGACGGCCUUGCAUGCAGCAUUGGAUCAGCUUGUGCCUCCAUCACAGCAGCCCAGCUCUGCUGCACCUUGAGAGAUGGCACAGAUCUGCCAACUUUGCAAACUAUUGCAGAGUCCAUAUAAAUUUUUCUUUCUUCUUUGGCAAGUUUUAAUGUGCCACUUUUAAGAAACCAGGACCUUAGACAAACUUGCAUCUGAUGCAUGCUUGUCAGACGCUGCAUACGCAGAUGCUUGAUCCCAAAGUCAUGUAGUUUAUUAGGGCUGAUUCUUGUUAAAGCGCAUUUAGUUCUUCGUGGAGUGGCUGUAGAGCGAACUGCUUGUGGACGUGGCACUGCUGGCAGCACCACCGACUGCUGCUUUCAAAGGAACAAUGUGCGACAGGGUAAACAAGUUUGGCUUUUUUUUUUUUUCAAUCUUUGGCUUUGAAGAAAUGGUGUGCUGAUUCUUCUCAGGCAAUGCCAAGUGCAAAUGAAGAGAAUCUUAUGCAGAUUACUAUCCUGUGUCUGCGAGUGAGUGGACCUGAUUACGUGUGACCUGAGUGACUCCUGCCAGAAUGUGACGUGACUGAAGGAAAGAACUGGGAAAUACGAAUCUUUCUAGUGUUACUUGAAAUGAGUGUUUAUGCAUUGGGGAAGAGCAACCACGCUUUGUGUAGUACACAUAUUUAUGAAAUACAUAUGGUCAGCAUACAUGUGCGUGCGACAGAUUCCUAUAACGCUGCUGGGCUGGCCGGCUCAAAUAUUAUAAUAUUAAAAACGCGAGUAAAUGUGCUUGGAAUGUUUAUACUCCCACUUCAUUCAUGGUAGGCGAUCCUGUGGAGGCUACCGCCCAGUAUACCACCCUAGUAUACCAGUUGGAACAGAAAGAAGGAAGGUAAAAAAAAGCAAUCAGCAGGCUUGUACCCAUUUGAUCAAAACAGAGUUGGACCAUUUUCAGGAUGCUUUGGCCUUUUUCUGUGUACAUAUUAGCACAUUGAAUGAGAACUGUGAACAUAGUUAUCUUGGGAGAACAAUUGCAUAACGAAAAAAUCCCUAAAGAAUGAAACUGCCUCAGCAAAGCUCUGCAGUUUUUAUAUGCUCUUUAGAAAGGCACUUAAAAAGUUGGUAAUUUACAUGUUAAGUGGCUGCUGUGGUUGGUUGCACCAUAUACAGGGUGUCCCAGCUAAAAGUAGCCAAUGUUUUAAAAACGACGGAGCGUGCUAGGAGGCUCAAACCAACUCGGUGGUGUUGAGGAUCGCGUGUCCUAGUCUGCAGUAUUUUUUUCAUUUUGCAAAGUCAAUUAAUUAGUAUAAACUAAUUGCCUAACUUUUUAAAUAUUGGCAUCACCAAGAAAGUGCCAAUACAAAAGUUAUAGAUCACAUUUAAAAAUGGCCGACUGAAGUGUUUGCAACUAAAUACCAUUGAUGCAACUCCUUGCAAUUGCCUUUAAAGAAAGCCCGCGAAAUACAAAAACAACCACGUGAUCGCGCCACUAUUUCAGCGCCCCCAGACAACCGAUCAGUACAUGCUUUUCUCGCUCGCGUGCCCUGUCGCGAUCGGGCACACAGAGCGAUCAAGCGGCAGUGAUGAAGGUGUGUCGUGCUUCGACGUGACGUGGCAUAAACAUAUCAUUCGCUCCGCUUGUGUAAUGAAGCCCUAACACACAAAGUAAGAAAAAGAAAAAAGAAAAGAAGCUCGGGAUUGAGUAAUCUUGACCGCAGAAGUGUUUAAUCGGGAAGGAAAAUGCACUUGUCAUGUUCUAUUCGUUCGCGAUCUUAUCUUACUAGCGAGAGUUGCUGGCGCGUGCCUUGCGGCCACCUGAAACGCCAAGCCCGUCGCGGAACCGUUGUACAAAUAUGUGGAUUUCAUUUCUUGAUCGAUCGUCUGGGAGCGCUGAAAUAGUGGCGCUAUCACGUGGUUGUUUUUGUAUUUUGCGGGCUUUCUUUAAAGGCAAUUACAAGAAGCUCCAUCAAUGGUACUUACUUGCAAACACUUUAGUCGGCCAUUUUUAAAAGUGAUCUUCAACUUUCGUAUUAGCACUUUCUUGGUGAAGUCAAUAUUUAAUAAGUUAGGCAAUUAGUUUAUACUAAUUAAUUGACUUCACGAAACGAAAAAAAUUGUGCAGGCUAGGACACGCGAUCCUCAACACCACUGAGUUGGUUUGAGCCUCCUAGCACACUCCGUCGUUUUUAAAACAUUCGCUACAUUUAGCUGGGACACCCUGUAUGUGCAUCUGUUAAUAAAAUCCAGUGAAUAAUUUAGAUUCACCUAUAUGCCACACACAUUCAACACACACACACACAUAAAUAUAUAUAUAUAUAUGUGUGUGUGUGUGUGUGUGUGUGUGUGUGUGUGUGUGUGGUGAUAAGCUUUAAGUGUUACAGAAUAUUUAAACAUCGCCUGUUGCAAAUAACAUAGUUCUAGUCCUUCAGCGGGAUUAUUCAGAGAGGUGGACAUUACUUGCACGAGAUAUUGAAACAUAUUUAAUUAAUGAACAAAAAUUAACUAAUUAACUUGUUGAUAACUUCACGGCAGAUAUUGCAAUUUACGAAUGGUAGCCAGCGAGUUUGCAAGGCGUAUCCACUUGAAUCUCCAGGAUAACAUCAGUUUGGAGAUAUGCACCAUCAAGCUCUCCAUAAAAAUGCACUGUUCCACUUUUUUGGCCAACCGCUGUUUUAUGCAUUGAAGCACGAAAGUAACUGGAAUGCCCAUGUAUCACACUUUCGGAAAUAAUAUCUCGAAACUGGUGUUUUCAUGGAAAUUCAUUUCAAAUGGAUACAUCUCAUCGGCUACAAUUCAUAAACUGCAAUAUGUGCCAUAAAGUGAUUAAUUAGGAGUAGUGAAAUUUUGUUAGUCAGUUGAAUAUGUGCUUCGAUUUCUUGUGCUAGUAAUGUCCACCUCUUCAAAUAAUCCAGCUCAAGGGCAAGAAUUACAUGAUCUGCUACCGGCGAUUUUUAAAAACUCCAUAAAACUUAAAUAUGAUCACAGUGUAUAUAUAAUGUUUCCUGUAAGAAAGAUAAUGGUACAGUAUUACUUAAAGUACAGUGGUAUGCAAUGUUUUAUUACAGUCGACUUCCGUUAAUUUCACCCUGACGGGACCGACGAAAUUAAUCGAAAUAUCCGGUGUGACGAAUUAAACACGAUGCAGAAAAACCGUCGGAGCACAUUGUUGAUUCAUUUGGCAGUAUUUGCCCAAUUAUAACACGCCCCAUGAAUCGAACUGCUCACCCACUUUCUAUGCGUCCAAAGUAACUAACAUAGUAAAGAUAAUAAAGCUCUCAAACAAAGCAAAAAUCUAACACGCACCCAAAUUUUUAUGUGAGGGGGAACCAAGGGUUAUGUGUUGCACAAUGGUAGCCAGUUCUCUAAAGGCAAAUUCCCCGCAAUACCUCCGUGCUAUGCGGCAAAGCAUAUGAACGUUGCGAAGGCAGUUUUGGUUUUGUAUGAGAUUCUACCGCGCAGGAAAUUUUCAGCCCAGUUUUCUUGAAAAAGGAAGCUGCUUGCUAGAAUUGGGCAAGUACCAAAAUCAGACAUUUCAAGCUGGGGCAGGCCGAAAAUAGGCGUUUCUGACGAGUGAUAACGUGCGUUCAACGCAUUCCCUGUCCCCAGGGCUGGGCAGUAUCGAAGAUGCAUGUAUCUUAGAUGCUAUCUCAGAUACUCUGGUUAUCUUGUAUCUGUAUCAUGAUAUGUCUGGCAAAACGUGUAUCAGUAUCUGUAUUUCCAAUACAUAAAAGAAUGUAUCGUGUGUCUUGAGAUACAAGGUACUGCUAUCGCAACAUCACCAUGCGAAACUACAAACGUUGGCUGAACUCCGCUUCUCAAGCUGAUAAUGCUGCCACUAGGCCACCUGAAUAAAACUAAAGGCAGCAACAUUCUUCUAUCUUUCUGCCAGAGCUCUCCAGCGAGGGUAGGCGAUGAGGUAUGCGCGUCCCUAUUGGAGGAGCAGGGUAACGUGGUGGCACUCACGCCAUCUCAACAAACAGUGAUAUAUUAAUGGACAAGGUAAAACUCCACAGCAGUAUUUGCGCCAUCAUGCAGAUGCUUCUUAUUGACAUUCUUGUAAUUAGAUGGCAACCCACUAACUGGUCGGCAAGCAGAGCAGCGAUUCCCAUCAAUUACAAAAGUGACAAACAAACCGCUGACAGCGCAGCACAUAGAGGUUCAUGUUAAACAGCUAAAGCAACCCCAAUAAAUCGUUUCGGAAUGAAAAUAUUAUACUGUGAGCAAGAAAGACAAAAAUUUUGAGAUACUAACAGACAUUUCAUUCAAGUGUAACAAGGUUGGUCGGAGUUAAGAAAUUUGCAAGCAAACAUUUUUUUUGCAUACGCGUUUGCUGCUACAAUAUGUAGAUCUGUAAUAAGAAAUUUGUGAAUGUAUCGAAGUAUCUUAAGAUAAAAAUGAAA